GCCGGGCGAAGGAGCAGGAAGAGGAGCCGGGCGCAGGCGCGGGCGGGCUCGCGCUCGACAUGGAGGUCGACGUCGGCGGAGACCCCAGGACGGCCGUCCCGGCCCUCCCCUUCCCGGGGGCCGAGGCCGGCGCCCCCGGCAAGACGGAAGCGGAGAGGCCCCGCUGCUCCAGCACCCCGUGCUCCCCGAUUCGGCGGACUGUGUCGGGCUACCAGAUCCUCCACAUGGAUUCCAACUACUUGGUGGGCUUCACCACGGGGGAGGAGCUCUUGAAGUUAGCUCAGAAGUGCUCGGGCGGGGAAGAGAACAAGGGGGAAGGCCUGGCCCCGCUGCGCUCCAAGCCGCUGGACGCGGGCCUGGCCCGCUCCUCCCGCCUCUUCAAGACCCGUGGCAGGUACUACCAGCCCUACGAGAUCCCCACGCUCAACGGCCGGCGGCGCCGCCGCAUGCCCAGCUCGGGGGAGAAGUGCACCAAGUCCUUACCCUACGAACCUUACAAGGCCCUCCACGGGCCUCUGCCCCUCUGCCUGUUUAAGGGCAAGAGGGCUCACUCCAAAUCCCUGGACUACCUCAACUUAGACAAAAUGAGCAUCCAGGAACCCGCCGACACGGAAGUGCUCCAGUACCAACUUCAGCACCUCACUCUCAGAGGGGACCGGAUGUUCGCCAGGAACAACACAUGAACGGCGGCUGGGCCGCUUCUGGCCAAACUCCCUCUGGCUUCCCGGACCCCCUCGGGCCACACGUACUGUCUGCGCGCAGGACUAGCCCCGACCUGGGCGGGGGGCCGGGUGGGGGGGGAAGACGACGACACGGAGGAGCCGAGGGUUCCUUGGACGCCCCGGGCCCCUCGCUCAGAGCUUUGAACCCACUGAGGGGCGAGGGGGUCUGGGGGAAGAAUUCUCAAGCCCGAAGCCACCCGAGGGACUCUCAACGGGUGGACUUGAUUUGCGGGGAGGGGGGGCGAUUCUAGAAAGGCAGAGGAGGCUUUGGCACGUGAAUCCGGAUGGGGAUUUGCCACACCGAUGGGAGAUAGGGUUUGCGGGGUAGCCGCUCAAGGGGUGGGGCAUUGGGAAGGUUGCCCUCCGAUAAGCACUCGAGAACUUGUGUCUGUAACUUACUCUAAAAUAAUAUAUGUAUGGUAACGUGUUGCUUCAUGAAAUUGAGAAACCUGCACAUGGCGGAAAUGGAAUACUUAAAAAAAAAAAAAUCCCGUGGGAAUGUUCUGUCAUGAGUUUUUUAUACUAGCAGGUAAAAAAAACAAAAAAGAUACGAUUCAGGUUGGCAGUGUUUGUUCACCUCCGAGCAAUCGCUGAAUUAAGCAUUUAUAUUUUCCUCAGAAGAUGAUGAUCUUCUCCUGUAAAGUGGUUCUUUAAGUAAGUUGGGGUUAAUAGCAGUGUGACGGAUCUCUGGCUAAAACACCGUUUGGGAGAUACCCUCCGGGAGUUCCCGGCCCAUCUCUCCUUUGAGAUUUGCACUCGAGGGGAAUAAUUCUCCUGAGUCUCGACUCUCAUUUAAAAUUUACCUGGAACAGCGUGAGAGAAGGGAAGUCGUUGCUUCCGGGCCAGAGUUUAGGAUCUGAAGUAACAGUGGAGCUUCGAGAAGGAAACUCAUGGUUUCUAUUACUGAAUAUUUAAAUUAACCAUAAAGUGAUACCUCUCAGCAUGGCAUCGGAACAUUCUAAUUUUAGUUGUUUGCAGCACAGAAUACCUACCGAAAACUUAGCUUCUAGAAUUAGUUUGAAAGUGUCUACUGCUUGCGCCGCCUUAACGGGCUAGUUCUGAAUGAACAGUUUAUGUCGAAUGCACUGGUUUCAUUUGUUGCCGAAGAAAGCGACAUCCGAGCACUGAUAACCCGCAGUCCAAACACAGGGAUAUGUUUUGGAGGGGAAAAAAAAAGUCACUUUUGUAAAACCUUUCUAUUUCUUUUUCCUCUGAAAGAUUCGAUUUAUACGGAUGUGGAAUUGGGGGGCAACCGGGAACACUACUGGCCUUUUGCAUCACCGGGGGAGGCGGUGAAUUAUUCAGGUGCUUGGAAUUGUGGUUAUGGAAAAGAAAAGGCUUCUGUCUGAUAACUUAGGCCUUCCCGCUCCCAGGGAGACUCUGCCCUCACCAGAAAAAGAUAGCGUGUUCCACUGGGUAGCGGGUGCGGCGCGUCACAAGGAAGAGCGUGGCUGCCGUUACUGAGCUCACUGCUGGGCUGGUUCAAGUAAAGAGAGUGGGGAGGUGUUGGCCACCAGCCUAGGGUGGGUGUGUGGUGGGGGGCCUGUGGGGGUAUACUGGAAUCUUUUUCAGCUGUUGUAUAUUUUAAAGUAAACUGCACCUUUCUAACUUAUUGUACUGAAGAAUCUUACGAUAAACUAUUCCUAUAGAGUCAGCGGUUGGAUGAGAAAUAGAAUUACUGUCAGAUGCCAAAGAGAGAUAGGAGUCUACGUUUAGUGAUUUAAACCCCAUUAUUUAUUGAUGAGCUACCCUGUGGAACUGUAUCAUUUCCGGCUACGAAAUAAAGAGGUGAUGUAAGCGUA